ACCAAAUCAUACAUCUAUUGACAUUGGAUAAGGUUUCCACGUCAUCAUCUCUCUCCCUCAACAUUUUAUAUAUAGUCACCUUAUUCGGCGUUCUUCAAUUUGAUUAUUCUUUCAGACCUUCAAAGCUAUAUACCUGCAUUUUUAUAUUUGGUUUUUUUUCUUUUGAAAUCUCGUUUUAGAAGAUCAAAUUUCUUCAAAGGAAAUAUGUUGGCGAUAUUUAGCAAAGGGUUAGUGAAUCCACCCCAAGAGCUGCAUAGUCCAGCUUCACUCACUUCAUCAAUGAAGCCUAAGCUUCCCUUUGAAAUCCUUAAUGGUUUUGUCUGUUCAAAUCCCACCAACGCUUUUUCAAUGCGGUUCGGAUCUUCAGCUUCUUUGGCUUAUGUUCCACCCCACAAUCCUUCCUCCACUUAUAAAAGGUUGUUUUGUGGAGUGGAUGAAAUGCAUUGCAUAUUCAUGGGUAAUUUGAACAAUCUAUGUAGCCUCUUAAGGCAAUAUGGUCUAUCAAGAGGCACCAAUGAAGCAAUGUUCAUCAUUGAGGCAUAUAGGACCCUUAGGGACCGUGGUCCAUACCCACCACAUCAAGUUCUCAACCACAUUGAAGGUAGCUAUGGGUUCGUCAUCUACGAUGCCAAAGCUCGAACAGUGUUUGCUGCAGUGAGUGCAGAUGGAGGGGUUGAACUCUUUUGGGGAGUUGCAGCUGAUGGAUCUGUGGUUGUUUCAGAUGAUUUAAAGGUUAUAAAAGAAAGCUGUGCCAAAUCGUUUGCACCAUUUCCUGCUGGAUGUAUGUUCUAUAGUGAGCAAGGAUUGAUGAGUUUUGAGCAUCCAAAGAGCCAAAUGAAGGCAAUGCCUAGAAUCGAUAGUGAAGGGGUGAUGUGUGGAGCUAACUUCAUGGCCGAUGUUCAGUCGAGAAUAAGCGGAAGUAGUGGUGGUGGCAGCGGCCGCGGCAUGCCACGAGUCGGCAGUGAAGCUAAUUGGGCGCUGCGAGGCUCGAAAGCUUGAUUGAUAAGAUAUAUACUAAAAAGAUUGGGAUACGAUAUGCACCCCCACAGAAUUUAUUCCUUACGAUUUUUAAUGAUUGUUGUGUUUUCCUUUGGCUUUAUUACUCUUGUUUAUAAAUUUUAUCACUUUAAAAAUUAGAAAGGGAUGUUCGAUAAAUAAAAAGGUUAAAUGACUUUUUUCACCCUCGAACUAUAUAAAAAUUUCAUUUUAGCCCUUAAA